CAGACACGUGUGAGAGUCUGCGGCAGCUGGAGGGACAGGGCAGCGCCUACAAAGUACAGGAGGAACUCAGCAGGUCGGGCAGGGACGUUUCGGGCUGAGACCCUCUGCCGUGUCAGUCUGGGAAUGGGAAGUGAACACAAACAGGGCACACCAGCAGCAAUACUCCAUCAGCAUUUAGUUUAUCACCAAAGACUGGCGGAUUUCUACAGAUGUUCUGACUGAUAUGCAGGAUCACAAGAGGCACAACAUGGGCACAAUUGUGGCAUCCAAUACCAAACACACACCGUCUGGGAUAAUGCCCUCUCUCAUUGCUACCAUCGGGGGGAAGUUAGGAGACUAAAGACACACACUCAAGAUUUUAGGAACAGCUUCUUCCCCUCUGUCUUUAGAUUUCUGAAUGGCCCAUGAACACUACUUCACUAUUCCUCUUUCCGCACCAUUAUUUGUUUGUUGUAGGAAUUUUUAUGUCUAACACUGUACUGCUACCACAUAACAUUAAACUUCAUGACAUAUAUCAGUGAUAAUAAACCUGAUUCUGAUUCGGAACUGGAAUUGAAAUCGGGAUUCUGGCUGCUGCAGCAGACAGAGCAAAGGUACUUAAUGAAGUAGUACCCCAAUCUGUGUUGGAUCUCACUGAUGGGCUGCAUUAGGAGCUCCGAAUUCAAUGAAUAACACUGACAGAUUCACAGGUCCUGAUAAGAGUCAUGGUUUGAAAUGUUGAGUGUUCAUUCCCCUCCAUAGAUGCUACCUGACCUGCUGAGUUCCUCCAGCAUUUUGUGUAUGUUGAGAUGUGAGGAGGAAUGUUUUUUUUACACGUGAUAUGGAGUUCACUGUCUACAAGGAUGGUGGAAGCAGCUAAUGAGGAUUUUCCAAAAAUGGCUUGGAGAGACACCUUGGGGAAAUUAUUCGAAGAAAGGGGUGGAGGGAUUGAAAAGAGAAUUAACUUGAACUGAUGCGUUUAGUGGUCUCCUGUGCAAUAGUGAUUCUGGGGGUCUGUAGGUUGGUUUUAAGGUGCAUUUCAAAGGAGGAACAAGGUUGAGAGGUUCAGAGAGGGAACUGCAGAGCUUGAAGCUUGGUAGCUGGAGCUAGUGGUGUGGACAGAUUCAUUUGGAAAUGCUCAAGGGUUGGAGAAGGGAGGAUAAGUUAUGGGGCAUGGAGCUGUUGGAGAUUUCAGAGAUGGGGCAAAAUGAUAGUGGAAUUUGACAACGAGAAUAGUUAUAUUUAAAUCACGGCAUUGCUGAAAGUGAGGAAUUGAAGGAGAGUUAUGUGUUACCCAAGUUUAAAAAUUCAGACUCUGUAGAAAAGGGGGAGAGAGCUGUUUACCUCGGUAAAAUUGGGUGUGAUUUAUGGUCUCAGUGAGGGCUACAUAUAAACACAAAGAUGGGGGAUAGGUGGAAUGUUCAAGUAUUGCAGAAAGCAACUGAUAGUAGCUUGUAAGAGCAGAGAUCAUUUUGAAAAGUUAACGAUAAUUGAUUUUGAAACAGAGGGUAGGGUACCCAAGGAGUAGGGAUCAAGACGAUGGGUUUACAUGGGAGGAAGUGAAGUUGGAGUACCUGCAGUUUAAUGGGAGCCAGGUCAUAGGAAUAGUAGUUGGGCCUUGUUUGGUUUUGAGAGGAGAUGGAAGCGAAAUGUGGGAAGGUUCAAAGCUGGACAUCUGGGAAUUCUGGGGAAGGUUGGGGAGCUGGAGGAAUGGAAUGGUUUGGAAUGACAAAGAGGUUUGUAGGUUGAGCUGGGGUUGGAGGAGACAGAAACAAAUGAAUAGAAGGUGAAAGUUUACACUGGAGAAGAGAAGGCAGAAUAAUUUUUCCAGUCCGGAAUUUUCCUGAAAGAUCUCCUCUGCAGCAUGUGGUUAUGGAUUCACAUUACUGUCUUCACAAACCACUGACAUCACCAAGCUGUGGGGAAUGGGCCUAAACAGCGAUUCUCAAAUUGGAUUUCACAGGAGUCGACAGGACAGGACUAAGGGUUAUGAAUACGUACUGGAACCUUCCCCUGUGCCAUUGCCUCUAGAGAAGCCUCAGGAGACACGAGUACUGCAAGUGUCGUGUGGGAGAGCACACUCACUGGUGAUGACCGACAGUGAGGGAGUAUUCAGUAUGGGAAACAACGCGUAUGGACAGUGUGGGAGGACCAUUGUUGACAGCGAGGUUUAUAGUGGCAGCCAGAUUAUUCACCGCAUUGAAGGUGUGGAUAGUAGAAUUGUUGAGGUUGCUUGUGGGCAGGAUCACAGUCUCUUCAGAACAAACAAAGGCGAGGUCUAUUCCUGUGGAUGGGGAGUUGACGGACAAACAGGUCUCGGUCACAAUGGUGCAGUGUCCAAACCAACCAGGCUGACAGGAGAUAUUGCUGGAGUGAAUAUUGUGAAUAUCGCAACAUAUGGCGACUUCUGUUUGGCUGUAUCGGCAGAAGGAGACCUGUUUGGCUGGGGUAACUCUGAGUAUCUGCAGCUUUCUACGGUUACUGAGUCCACACAGGUGAAUGUGCCGAAGAAGCUCCCCUUUAAAGGCCUGGGACAGAUAAAGUCGGCAGCAUGUGGUGGUACUCAUGCUGCAGUCCUCAAUAGUGAUGGCAAUGUGUUUGUGUGGGGGUAUGGGAUCCUGGGGAAAGGAUGUAAUCUCUCUGAGUCCAGACUACCAGAGAUGAUUCCACCAACUCUGUUUGGCUGCUCUGAGUUCACACCCCAAGUCCGAGUUGAUCGUAUCGCCUGUGGGCUCCACCAUUUUGCCGCCAUCACUAAUCGUGGUGAGCUCUUUGUCUGGGGCAAAAACCAGCGAGGUUGCCUUGGCAUUGGGAGCAAAGAUGAUCAGUACUUCCCCUGGAGGGUGACGGUACAAGGAGAGGUCAUGGACGUGGCUUGUGGGGUCGACCACAUGGUGGCAAUGACAAAAACAUUCAUCUGACCGGAUGGCCCAUGAAGAGAAUGAUUACAAAACAUGCCUGACUCUUGGCAAAAACUGAUUCAAGUACUCAACUUGAACCUCCCACGGGGGCUCAUUUUGAACGAGACAUGGGUUUCCGGUUUUACUCCCGUGUUCACAAUGGACCAAAUGUGUUCAAAUGACAAAGAGUGACCUGGCCAUCCUGACUUCUAUUUCUUUUAAGACUGAGUGGUGAAAUUAUUUAAGCACUAUGCAGUGAAAUUAAUACUACAGCUGUGAUGAUGUUGACCAAUGAAUGUCACCUCACCCGCUCAUACAGGGAUUUCUACCUCAACAAUCACGCCAACAAACGGGCUUAUAUGGAUAAAAAUUCCUCUGUUGCAAGUGCCAUAGUUCUCAACUAAUUUUUCACUAUGAUGUGGUUUCAAGAUUCACAGCUUUCCCUGUUCGAUUGUCUGCUGGCUCUGGGGUUUCAUGUCAAGGUACUUGCAGUGAGAGAGCCGCAUGGAAGAACUGAGCUGCUGUGACUUCCCCACACAGUGAUGUGGCCACACUGCCGGUACCCAGUAAUAUAGGCUAAAUAGCACACCAACUACACUGAGACAGGAUUCAUCUGUAAAAUAUUUCUCUACCUCAGUCAAACAUCUCUUGACAAUCAUACAGCAAGGAAAUGGGUGCUUUGGUCCAGGCCAAUUGAACCAUAGUCCUCUAAACCAGAGGGUCCCCAGACCCCUCGGUUAAUGGCAUAAAAACAUUGGGAACCCUUGAGCUGAAGCUUUCCUAUCCAUGUACCUGUCCAAGUACCAUUUAAAUAUUAAGGUGCUUAACCACUUCCUCUGACAACUUGAUCCAUAUAUGGAUCACUCUCUAGGUGAAAAAGUUCCCCCUCAGGUUCCUGUUAUAUCUCUUCCCUCAUCUUAAACCUGUGCCUCUGGUUCAUGAUUUCUCCAUCCCUGGUAAAAAUGUAUAAUUGUUAAAAAUAACAAUGGCAAUGGGCACCCGGAGCCACCUCCCUGGAGAGCAUCAAAUGGAGUGCAUUCCUCAGCUGCCAGUUCCUUUCUGGCAGAAGGGCUCUCCUAGUUUUAGAGGGAUUUCCUCAGACAGUAGGAAAUGGAACUGGUUCCAGACAGACAUGGGUGGAGCCUGAGCCAGAGCUAGGGUGAAUAAAGUGAGUAAGAUUGGGUAGUGAACGUGACUUAUGGGGGUUUCCAGUGGGUUUGUUGGAAUAUGUCUCAAACAUUUCUAAGGAACCUGCAUCCCAGCUUUAUGGACAAACUGCCCUCUGUUGACGGAAUAUUGUUUCACAGUUAAACAAACAUCUAUCAGUUGACACUGGGCCUGAAGAGGGCAGUGAAUCCCAGUCCCACAAUAAACUCUCCAAUUACAUUACUCAUCUGCCUUAAAGGGAAAGCAAGACACAUUCUCAUAACACUGGACAACAAUUUUUUUCAAAAGUGUUGCUUCCUCAGAACUUUUUUUGUUUGUGAUAGACUGCUUGAAGAUGAACACAAAUAUAAUUUCAGACUACUUGUAUCACAUCGGAAUUUGGAGAAACAACAAAUUAACUUUUAUUGAAUAUAAUGUGUUUAAUUGCAUAAUGGUGCUGAUGCUUUGCAAUAGUUGAACUAAAUUAAAAAUAUUUU